UUGUUAAACUAAAAAAGAAGUAAUAUAAAGAUUGCCAAAUAAUUUAGGUAUAUAUUGUAUGUUUAUGAUUCUAAAGUAUUAUUUACAUGAAUUUAAAUAAUUGCAAGUUCUGAUUUGGUCAACAAAAGGAAAUAAUUACCACGUGAAUCACGAAAGUAAUCCGCCUAAUGGAAUUCUUAUUAUGAAAAUUAAUACAUAGUAAAUUGUUUGAACCAAUAAUGGACGAAUUCGAUGAUUAUGUUGAAAGUUAUACCCAGGAUGGUGUCUUAUUAAAGCAAGCUCCCUCCAGCUAUAUUUCGUUUGUCAAUACUAUUGGUACAAUUUAUAUUUUGGAAUCCUUGCAAAAUGAUGACUCUGCAUCACGCAAGCAGUUCCUGGAAUGGAAACCAAAUGAUGUCACUGUAGAUUCGGAUGUUCAGGACCAAGAAUGGGCUGUUGUAAACACUGUCCAAAAGAGAGUAAGAACUUUAAGUGGAAACUUUCCAUCAGAUUACCAAGGCCGCUUAAAAUCCUUUAAAAUAAGUUUUGAUGAUAUAAAAAGUUUCCAUGUAGGUAACAAAAACAGACAGCUUAUUCUAUACGAUGGCUCCUCUGAGCCAAUUUGCUCCUUUAUUUUUCAACAUGGUAAUUGUGAAUGUUUGGUAAACAUUUUCAAAACUUUUCUGAGAGUGACUCCAUCUAGAAGAGACAGGCAUCUCUAUGUGGUCCACAGCAAUAACUUAGAACUGCAGCAAUUGCAUAAAUCAUUUGCUACUUUAAAUAUAAACAGCGAUCCAAACCCCUUCUGGUCAAUGGUUAAGACUUUUAAAGAAAAUCCAUAUGAAGGUACAUUUGAAGUAUUUGCUAAAAUCACCAAUUUUGUCUAUAAUAGCGCUGACCAGAGAGAGGUUGAUGAAUUUCAAAGAGAAGAUCUUAACCGAUCCUUGUCAGAGUAUGAAGAAACAUCUCAUUCUGGUGGUGAUUAUGAAGUUAUACAAAAGGUGCCGGAUUUGCCUGCCAGAAAAGAUUUUCCAAGAUUGAGGCCUUUAAGUGAAGAGCAGUGGAAAAGUCAGUUUAACUGUGAAGGACGGUUGGAGGAUGUUGAACCAAUCAAGAGUUUAAUUUUUCGUGGGGGUGUCCAACCUUCGAUACGAAAAGAAGUUUGGAAAUUUUUACUAGAUUAUUUUCCAUGGGACAGCACAGAAUCCCAGAGACAAAAACUGGUGAUUCAAAAAAGUGAUGAAUAUUUUACAAUGAAGUUACAGUGGAAAUCAAUUACAAAAAUCCAAGAAGAAAACUUUAGUGAUUACAGAGAAAGGAAGAGCCUAAUUGAAAAAGAUGUAAACAGGACAGAUAGAACACUGGAGUUUUAUGCAGGAGAUAACAAUUCCAACUUGCAAACCUUAAAUGACAUUCUGAUGACAUACAUAAUGUACAACUUUGAUUUGGGUUAUGUUCAAGGCAUGAGCGAUCUCUUAGCACCUAUUUUAAUGCUUUUGAGGAAUGAAUGUGAUUCAUUUUGGUGUUUUGUGGGCUUUAUGAAUAAAGUGAUUUCUAACUUUGAUAUAGACCAGGCAGGUAUGAAAGAACAAUUGAGCAAUUUGCAUACCCUACUAUGUUUUGCUGAUCCGCAGUUGGCUAAUUAUUUGGACACACAUGACUCAGGGAAUAUGUUCUUCUGUUUCCGAUGGCUUCUUGUUUGGUUUAAAAGGGAAUUGAGUCAAGAUGAUGUAAUGAGAUUUUGGGAGGUUCUUUGGACAGGCUAUCCCUGUAAAAAUUUCCACUUGCUAGUAGGAGUAGCAAUAUUGCAAAAUGAAAGGAAAGCAUUAAUGAGCAACAAUUAUGGGUUCACGGAGAUUUUAAAGCACAUUAAUGAGCUCAGUGGAAAACUAGAUAUCGCAUUAAUGCUGAACAAAGCUGAAGGAAUAUUUUACCAGAUAAAAGAAGCCGAACACUUGACAGACAAUAUAAGGUUCAUUUUGGGUCUUUCCCUUCUGGGAUCAAAUAGUGUUGGCAGUCACGAGCAAAGUCCAUUUGAAUCGCCAGAUUUAAGUACAAACUCUCAGCCACAGUGUUCAGUAGAACAUGUCAGUAUCAGUCCAGAUGAAGGAACUUUUGAACAGUCUAUAAAUUCGACGUUUUUAUAGUAUCAGUAUAUUUUACUUAUUUCACAAUCAAAUUAACUACUGUUUUGUGUAAAUAGCUUGGUUUAUUGGUUUAUUUACUUUGUAUUAUAAACACAGAAGCUUUAUGGUAGCUAAAAACUUGUGGAACCACAGAGUUAACUGUUUUUUUUUGCCUAGUUACUGUUUAAAUGGAAUAUAAGAGACUAAGUCCUAAUAUAUUUUGUUCUAUAUUUAUAGCUUCACAAUUUGAUAUUUGGAAAUUUUAUGAAAUUAAUGAGUGAUAUUGUCAGUGUUGAUCCUUUUAUACUCUCAUAUAAGGUACAAGGUAUAAUCUAUUGUUUUUAUUAGCCAAUAAAGUGUGAAUCA